UACUAUUUGACAUUGACAUUUGUCUAUGAUUAAUGAUUAAAAGUAUAACCUAAAAAUGGCUCAAUGAAAUUGAAUUGAUUUAUAAAAUUGAUUUUAACUGCAAACAUGAGUGUGUUUAUCAAAUAUAAUAAACCGGGUAGUAUCGGUAAUAUAUUUAACGUACAAGUAUUAUGGCGGUUCAAUUCUACAACAGCGGAAACAAUGAGAAAAGAGGAAGAUGAAGAAUUUCGGGUACUUGAUAUAAUGAAGAAAAGAGAUCGGCAGCAAAAGAGAACGGCUCGAAAAAUUAAUAUUCAGCCAGAUCGUGCCGACAGAAUGCCAACUGAUCAGAAUUGGGGCAACGUUUGGCCAGGUCCUAAAACCUUCCAUCCUUCAUCUGUACCAUUACCAAUCCGUCAAGGCUACGUACCUAAAGGCCAGGCGCCACCUGGCAAGAAAGCUAAUGCUGAGCUCAUGAAAAUACCCAACUUCCUACAUCUAACACCACCAGCUAUAAAAACACAAUGCGAAGCAAUCAAAAAAUAUUGCACAGAAUGGCCAAAGUUACUGAACUCCGAAGAUGCGAUAGAAAAACAUUACCCUGUGGAAGUAAUCACAUCGGAUUACUGUCAUGCAAGUCCAACCAUCCGUAAUCCUUUAGCCAGGAUUGUCAAUCUGAGAGUGAAAUUAUCAACACUGAACUUAGAUAAACACGCGAAAGAUAAAUUUCUAAGAUUAGUCGGUGAUUGUUACGAUGAGAAGACAGAUUUUGUUACAUUCGUAUCAGAUAGAUGUCCGAUGAGGAAGCAGAAUUUGGAUUAUGUUAAUUAUUUGUUAACAGCAUGCUAUCAUGAAUCUUGGAACGUAGAGGAUUGGGAGAAGGAAAAAUGUGAAGACGAUAUGGAGUAUUAUAUUUGGGAUAAUAACGCAUCUAAGAAGAGUUUGGUUAAUUGGCAUUUACGUUGCAAUAAUCAAGAAAUUAAUCUAACAGAUGACGAAUACAAAAAUUAUGAUAUAUCAGGAAUUUCUAAUGCAAGCGGUUACAAAGAAGCCGUCUCCAAUUUGAUGAAUGAUGGAGAAAAUGAAGAUACUGUUAAGAGUUAUGGUUCAGCUGUAAGAAAACUUCUCGGUUUACCCGAGAGGAAGUUAACACAAUGUUAAUAAUUAUUAAUAAAUGUAGUUUGUACACA